UUGGGCCUGAGGCUGUGGUGUCACGCAGUUUUCUCUGUUUGCGUCUGUUGGAGCUGCGGCGGCGGCGGCGACAGCUACCCAAUGGUCUAGUUGUAACCCGAAGCCACUUUUCUUCAAGGUUGCAACAAAGCAGCAAUGUCGCCGCCGCCGCCGCCUGACUGGCGCCUUCUUGGCUUCAGCUUGUUGGUAGGCUCCUUCUGCUUCGCCCUGGAGUCCGCAGCUCAAGGCAACUCUGCUACAGAUGCUCUGAAUGUCCUUCUGAUCAUUGUGGAUGAUCUUCGCCCCUCCCUGGGCUGUUAUGGUGAUAAGCUAGUGAGGUCCCCAAACAUUGACCAGCUGGCAUCCCACAGCAUUCUCUUUCAGAAUGCCUUUGCACAGCAAGCCGUGUGCGCACCAAGUCGAGUGUCCUUCCUCACCGGAAGGAGGCCUGACACCACCCGCCUGUAUGACUUCAAUUCCUACUGGAGAGUACACUCGGGGAAUUUUUCCACCAUCCCCCAGUACUUCAAGGAGAAUGGCUACGUGACCAUGUCGGUUGGGAAAGUCUUUCACCCUGUCUGCUUUAAGUUAAGAUGUACUCAUACUGAUCAGCGGAAAAUCCGUCAGAGCUACUUUGCUUCUGUGUCCUAUUUGGAUACUCAGGUUGGGCAUCUUUUGAGUGCUUUGGAUGAUCUUCAUCUGACCAGCAACACAAUUAUUGCUUUCACUUCUGAUCAUGGGUGGGCCCUAGGUGAACACGGAGAAUGGGCUAAAUACAGCAAUUUUGACAUCACUACACGUGUGCCACUGAUGUUCUAUGUUCCUGGAAAGACAACCCCACUUCCUGGAGCAGGCAAGAAGCUUUUUCCUUACCAGGACCCCUUUGAUUCCACCUCAGAGUCGAUGGAUCCAGGUGGGCACGUCACGGACCUUGUGGAACUUGUAUCUCUCUUCCCCACACUUGCUGGACUUGCCGGACUACAAGUUCCUCCUUGGUGCCCCAUCCCUUCUUUUCAUGUUGAGCUCUGCAGAGAAGGCCAGAAUCUCCAGAGGCAUUUACAGCUCCAUGACUUGGAAGAGGAUCCACACUUUCUUGGUAAUCCCCGGGAGUCAAUUGCCUAUAGUCUGUACCCCCGGCCUGCAGAUUCCCCUCAGUGGAAUUCUGACAAGCCAAGCUUAAAAGAUAUAAAGAUCAUGGGCUACUCUAUACGUACAAUAGACUAUAGGUAUACAGUGUGGGUUGGCUUUAAUCCUGCUGAAUUUUUGGCUAAUUUUUCUGACAUCCAUGCAGGGGAACUCUAUUUUGUGGAUUCUGACCCACUGCAGGAUCACAAUAUAUAUAAUGACUCCCAACAUGGAGAUCUUCCCCACUCAUUGAAGCCUUGAGUUCUGCCAGCCUUGGAGGACUGCAUAUGUGUCCUCUUGCCCCCUUCUGUCUCAUGAAAGGUGGCAUUAGAGGUGGCUAUCUUUUACUACCUAUUGUAUUAGAUAUAACCUUAGUGGGUAGCAAUCAAAACAGCAUCAUCAGUUUGGCUUAGGACUAUGUGGCAGACAAAUCUUUUCAUUUAGUUCUUCUUAAGUUAUAAAUGAUCAUUGGAUUUAGGCUAGGCUGAAGCGCUUCCAUUUUAAAAGCACUCAUCACUUAAGUAAGUACAAAAGUGAACUUAACAAAAUGUAAUCAUACCUUUGUAUAUGUAAUCCAUGAUAGCCAAGAAGAGUACUGUACUAAAGAAAUAAUUUACUGUUGAAUUUAGUGCAUUUCAGAAAGUGACCAUAUUAUCUUAGGUAGCCCAGUGUAGUCAAAACAUGUUAACAUGGGAUUUAGUUCUUUCUCAAAUAUGAAAUUAAGUACUAUUUCUAGAAGCAACUUCUAUAUGAUCUAUGAUCAACUUUUGUUUAUAAGACUACAGAUUUCAAAAUGAAAGAUAAAAUACAC